AUGUCGGUAACCGAAAAUCACGAUUCUCAUGUUGUAGACCCAGUGCUACUGACGGACAAUCAACACCAUCACGCGCAUCAUCACCACACGGUCUUCGCGGAACAUGGACACAAGGACGAGGUAGUUUACUCGAACGACGCCUCCAUGGAGAAAGGCAUCGUGCCCGAACCGACUCCAUUGGAUCACAACAUCAAAAGCCGGAGCUCGAGCGAGGAUGAGGAGGCUGGAGACGCGCACCCUGCGGCGCGACCAUGGCAUCGGCGCAUCACAAAACACUGGCGCCCAAUGGCGCAUGCCGUUGUCUGGCUGCUGUUUACCGGCUGGUGGAUCGCCAGCUUGGUUCUACACCGGCACGAUAAGAACUGGAUCAUUCCGUUCCUGCUAUACCUCGCCAUCACGCUGCGCAUCAUCUUCUUCUACGUGCCAGUCUCCAUUAUUACCAAACCCAUUUACUUCAUCUGGGGUUAUACCGCGCGACCGGUCGUCAGUAUCAUCCCCGAGAAGCUGAGAUUGCCAGCCGGUGCUCUUGUGACCAUCGCCACCAUCUUAAUCGGUUCAUUUGCAUCACCCACAACAGCGACAAACAACCGCGCAGAUCGAGCUGUCAGUCUGUUUGGUCUAGCAGUCUUUCUGACCCUUCUGUAUGCCACCUCGCGCAACCGCAAGAAGAUCGUUUGGCACACCGUAAUCGUCGGCAUGCUCGUUCAAUUCCUUGUUGCACUUUUCGUCCUUCGCAGUGGGGCAGGUUACGAUAUUUUCAACUUUGUUGCUACGCUCGCUCGUGAUCUGCUGGGCUUUGCUGCCGAUGGUGUCGAAUUCCUGACUGCGGACGAUUUCUAUAAUAUGACUUCUCCCAUCGAGCCCAGCACUUGGUUCCUCGUCAGUACCAUCCCGGCAAUCAUCUUCUUCGUCUCUGUCGUCCAGCUUUUCUACUAUAUCGGUGUGCUGCAAUGGUUCGUCGUCAAGUUCGCCAAGUUCUUCUUUUGGAGUAUGCGUGUCUCUGGUGCUGAAGCCGUUGUUGCGGCUGCAUCUCCAUUCAUCGGCCAGGGCGAGUCUGCGAUGUUAAUCCGCCCUUUCGUCCCACAUCUCACAAUGGCCGAAAUUCACCAGGUCAUGACUUCCGGCUUUGCAACCAUUGCCGGCAGUGUCCUCAUCGCGUAUAUUGCUAUGGGCGUGAGCUCUCAGGCCCUUGUCUCCUCCUGUGUCAUGAGCAUUCCCGCCUCGCUGGCGUGCUCGAAGCUGCGCUGGCCCGAAGAAGAAGAGAGCUUAACAACCGGCCAGGUCGUUGUUCCGGAUGUGGAGGAGCACAAGGCUUCGAAUGCACUGCACGCUUUCUCCACCGGUGCUUGGCUAGGUCUUAAGAUUGCUGCUAUGAUGGGUGCCACUCUUCUCUGUAUUAUCUCGCUUAUCGGUCUCGCUAAUGGCCUCCUCACUUGGUGGGGUCGCUACUUGAAUAUCGAUGACCCGCCCCUGACCCUUCAGCUGGUCCUGGGCUAUAUCUGCUACCCGGUUGCUUUCUUGCUGGGUGUCUCGCGUGACAGUGAUGACUUGUUGAAAGUCGGCCAGUUGAUUGGCCUGAAGAUCAUCUCCAAUGAGUUUGUCGCCUACCAGGAUCUCCAAAGUGACGCUUAUAGCUCUCUCUCCGAGCGCUCACGUCUCAUCGUUACCUACGCUCUUUGUGGAUUCGCUAAUAUCGGCUCGCUGGGUAAUCAGAUCGGUGUGCUAUCGCAGAUCUCCCCUGGGCGUAGUGGCGAUAUUUCACGCGUGGCUUUUAGUGCGAUGGUCACCGGUGCUCUGAGUACUUUCACCAGUGCAGCCAUUGCCGGCAUGCUCAUUACCAAUGAGCAGGCGUAUACCAGUUAA